AUGUUAAAAUUUACAAGAGCAUUUAGUUUAGAACAUGAUAUCAUACCUCAUAUACCGGUAGAACAACUACCACCAGAGGCAAAGACAUUUAUUGAACACAAUGCAACCGUCAUUGGUAUGGCAAUGGGUGUUCCCAAACUACACAAUUCAUCGGCAGAGUUGAACUCAUUGCCCACCUUUACAUCCAAUCCAAUGCUACAAACACUACCUCCCAACUUUAAUACACCACCUGCUAGAACCUCGUACAGAUCCAACUUUCGUUUGGGGUCGUCAUACAGCGGUCUCAACUCACCGGGUAGCAACCAAAACAGCCCACACUCUUCGAUAAGAUACAGUCACCAACCAAGCAAUGGUCAUCACGACGAUGACGAUGACAAUGACUAUGGCAACAAUAGUGGACUCUUGGAAGACGACGAUGACGCAGAAGGUUCCAACAACGACAUGAACAACUUUCUAAACAGCUAUAACAAUCAAAGAACUAUUGCUCAUAUGAUUAAUCUUCGUAUCAUUGGUCGUGAUAGUAAAUCUGGUAUCCUAGUCAUUGCAAGAAAUGCUAGAAUUAAUGAUAUUCAAAAAACAUGUAUAGAUUUAUUUGAUAUCAACUCAAAGAAAUAUACAAAUGUAUUGGAUUACAGUGGAUUGAUUAUUAGUGCAACUUUGAGUAGUGAUGCAAAGAAAUCAUUUUUAAUAUUUACUGUUCAAUUACCUGAUUCCUCCCCUGACCCAAAUGUUAAUAGAUUAUACUCAUCAUUUAUUUAUGAAAUGAAUAAAAGAAAUAAUAUCUUUCAUUCAUUGGAGAAAUCAUCAACACAUAUUCCAGUCUAUCAUUGCCUACACGUAGAACAGAAAUAUUUGCACCUAUUAUCAAUUCAAAAUGAUGAAUGUUCUACUAUUAGAGUACCCAUUCAAGACGAAAAGUCCAAUGGUUAUUCAUUGCCUCCCAAAUUCUCGUUAAAAAAGAAUAGCUUUACCAAAAAGUUCUUUUGGUAUCAAUACGAUGACAUUAAUCACGUUCUCUAUGUUUUGCAAUACCUCAAACUACGUUCACUCAAUGCACCAUCAGAGAAUCUAUUAAAGAAAUGGGUGUUUAGAGAAGGAAAGAUUCAUCAAAGUGGAGAGUUUCCAAUCUUUUUAAAUAAUACCACUGAUAGAGUAUCAUCCAAUUUCCCCUAUCCUUUUACUCUACCAUCACCAAAAUCAGAUCAAGUAGUUCAAAAUAUUCAUAUUGUACAAUUAGAUAAAUUAAAAUUCUCAAUUCCUCUUGCCUCUAUUGAUGGAGGUGUAUUGUCGAUUCAAGUGACAAGAGUAUUGUUUGAUAGUAUGGGCAACUACUUGUUAAUCUUUGUUCCAGGUCAUUUCCUUCAACUGAUAGAUUGUUCAUCACCAGAACAUGAUCCAUCUAUCGGUAUCACUCUGUACAAUCUUCCAACACAUAUCAAAGAAAUGACAUCUCACGAUUCUUCAGACCUCGUUUCAAUUAGGACUAGACCCUACCCAACAAAAAUUAGUACCUCCAUCUUACCUUUUUAUGUUUUUAGUAAAUCUGAACAAAAUUUAUUAUUUGAUUAUCAUCAUGGUAUAUUAAAAUCAAUAUCAAAUUUAUUCCAAAAAGAAACUAUUGCAAAAUAUGGAUUGGAUAAUGGAGCAGAUUUGAGAGCUUUGCAUUUGGUUAUGAUGCAUAUGCAGGAUAGUGAAUUGGUGUUAAAGAUAUUGGUCAAUGUGUCGAAUGAACCACAACUCAUAUCGUCAGAUCUACUCAAAGAGUAUAUACUUGGACAGACGUAUCUAGAGAUGAAGGGUAGCAAGUUGGAUCCACUCUAUCUACAGGCCCUGCCAAUGACCUGUUCAGAUACAAUGGACAUCUCUCUAUUGAGAAGCAAGUUAAAAGAUAUUGAAUUGACCAAUAUCAAUUGGCAAGCAAUCCACCAAAUUUUCCUUGGAAAUAGUAAUAGCAACAACAAGAUGAUUGACCCUAAAAAGAGAUUACGUUCAUUUGAAGUGGUCAAACAAGAGGGAUGGCAAAAAGAGUCUGGUUCAGUUGUAACUAGCUUUAUCAAGAGUUUCUUUGGUGUUGACGAUAAUAGACCUGAUGAGAUUAGUAGUUAUCGUCGCUAUGAAUCAGGUCCAUUGUCACCGACCAAGACACAAGCCAACUCUAAAAUACCCAUAAAGUAUGCACUCGAUGACUAUGAGGAGGACCCAUUAGUCAAAGGAGAAGCUGAUCGACUGGGCCAACAACUAUCGCAACGUGCAGAUCAACACGAUCAACGCGCUCUACCAGACACUUGUCAUGCACAUUGGCGGGCUCGACCACCAAGGUCCGAUCAGUCGCCAUCCCAAAAAGUCACAGCUCUUUAG